AAAACCAACAUGGCGUCUCAGGGCGAGGGUGGAGGAAAGGAUGAGAUAAAAACGCACUUCGUAACGCGAGAAGGGACUUAUAAAUUAAUGCCACUGUCUGAGUAUUCUAAGCCGACAAGAGUACCGUACAAUGGACAAGCUAAUACUCCUGUCAAAGUGUCUUUCAUUAAUGUAAACGACGGAAGUGGAUCUCCUGAUCGGAUUUGUUUCAAUGUUGGCAGGGAGUUAUAUUUUUAUGUUUACAAGGAUGUCAAAAAGGCUGCUGAUUUAACGAAACCCAUAGACAAGCGGAUCUACAAGGGAACAUUCCCCACAUGUCACGACUUCAACAGUCUGCCGGUGUCGCCGGACAGUGUGCGCCUACUGGUGGGAUUCACUGCCGGUCAGGUCCAGCUUAUUGACCCAAUCAAGAAGGAGAUAGGCAAACUAUAUAAUGAAGAGCGGCUGAUUGACAAAACAAAAGUGACAUCUAUUCGAUGGAUACCUGGGUCGCCAAAUCAGUUUUUAGUGUCGCACUCUAGUGGUCAGAUGUAUGUAUAUAACGAGGAAUUACCGUGUGGCCCUACGCCACCCCACUAUCAACUCUUCAAACAGGGGGAUGGUUUUGCUGUGUAUACAUGUAAAACGAAGAGCACACGCAACCCACUGUAUAGAUGGGUGGUAGGGCAAGGGGCAAUCAACGAAUUCGCCUUCUCGCCGUGUUGUAAGUAUCUGGCUGUGGUGAGUCAAGAUGGCUACCUUCGAGUGUUUAAUUAUGAUUCCAUGGAAUUACUUGGCUCCAUGAAGAGUUACUUUGGGGGGCUUCUGUGUGUGUGCUGGUCUCCGGACAGCAAGUUCAUUGUGAUUGGUGGAGAGGAUGACUUAGUGACAGUGUGGUCAUUUCAGGAGAAAAGGGUCAUAUGCAGAGGUCAAGGUCAUAGGUCAUGGGUAAGUGUUGUGGCCUUUGAUCCGCACACCUCAAUAGUCUGUGGUGUGGAGGGCAGUGAGUUCACAUCAACAGACGAGGAUAUUCACAAUGUAGCAAGCCACAAACCAAGGUGGGACUUGCACGACGGAGUGGCUAAUGGGGGGACACAAGGGUCAAAUAGAAACUCUUUAGACUCUAGUAGGACUCCAUCACUGCCUAAUAGUCCAGGGUCAUCGUCCUGUAUAACAACGUACAGGUUUGGUUCUAUAGGGCAAGACACUAUGCUGUGUCUGUGGGAUCUAACAGAAGACAUUGUGAAACAACCAAUUGGUAGGUCACGGACAAGUGUAUUAAUAACUGGCAACUCUACGUCUUUGUCGAUCAACACAUUACCCAGGUGCAACAGCUUGCAACAUUCUCAAAAAAUGAAUUCGGUAGGAAGUAAUGAUGUUGCCGCGGAUGGCCACGCACAUCAUUUUGCAAACUCAACAGUGAAUGCCACAACAAAGUUUGCAACAUUAUCCGUCACUGAGAGCCGGAAGGAAUCCCAGGACAAAAAGGAACACAAACGAAACUUCAGUCUAGCUAGUCGAAGUGAUAAAUCUAGUGCACCUAAAUCCAAUCACAUUCGGCCUGUUGAUGAUGUAAUGAAACUUUUAGGCACAUGCUCAUGCCCAAGGCUGGAGGAAGUGCCUAUACUAGAGCCACUAGUGUGUAAAAAGGUGGCGUCAGAACGUUUAACUGCACUGGAGUUUAGGGACGAUUGUAUUGUGACAGCGUGCCAAGAAGGAGUGGUGAAUACAUGGGCAAGACCUGGCAAAGUGGGUCUAGCCCAGCAUACUGUGAUGAGUCCGCAGGCGUCAGUGGGAGAAAUGUACCCCAUGUAGUGACGCAGACAAUUGACCCCCGUACCGUUAACAAUAAUAAGGGCUUUUCAAGUGUACGGGCCUCUUCACCUGACCUCUGGGAUUGUCAAUGGCUACAGACAGUGUAAAGGUACUUGGUGUACUGUAAGGCAGAAGGGCCCGAUCUGCCAUUGUGUCCUAAAGAAAGUUCAAAGGUCAUUGUCAAUGUUCAGAGGAAUCUGAAUGUUUUCUGAACAUAUGGGUUAUGUUCCCAGAAGGAAGGCAGGUUCAAGGCCAUUGAAGGAGAUGGGAGGUCAAGGUCACAUAGCCUUGAUGAAAUCCUUUCAGGAACAGACAGAUUUGAUCACAUGAAGAGGAAUUUCCUUGUUCGUUACGGCUUGGCUACUGCCAUGCUUCGAAUCCUGAUGACCUAUAAAAGAAAUCUUCUGCUCAAGAUACCUAACAUGGCUACAAAUGAUUGCAAUACAGAGCAUCCUUAUAACUAUAUAUAUGUAUGUGUAUAUGUUGAUGUAACCUCCUGAACCAGUAGAGCACACUAACAGAUAGGAAACACAGUCUACAGGUCUGGUUUAGUACGACAUUUCCUCAGAAUUUUUGUGUUGUAAUAAAAUGACCAUUAAAUCAUGUCAAUUACUGGUAACACCUCAAUAACAGAAAAUCUGCUGCUUUCACUUCCUUUUGUUUUUUUAGCUCAUAUGGGGGGGG